CUAACCAAAUUAAGAUCCGGAGAUUAGUGUGGAUUCAAUCCGAGAUCUUCUGCUUAAAAAAACAAACCAAACAAAAAACAGUUCCUCCGAUUCCGUUGAAGACAUGCAACCAAAUGAUUUGGUAUGGUAGGUGUAUGAAAAAAUUAUUAUCCUUAUCCAAAUUUCAGCAAAGAAUUAAUAAUAGCAUUAUCCAAAGUGGAGAAACAUCUUUAUCCAAAAAAGAAAAAGAGAAAAUAAGCGAUAGAUGAACAGGUGGAACGAGGUUCGUUCAGUAGUCGUCGCUUCUAAUCAACUUCCACUUCUUCCACGGAAACAAGCAAUUCGAUCAAACGUGAAAGCAAUAUUUAAGAUUUUUGUCUCAUACUCUAAGCAAGCAAUAUCCAAAUAAACAUUCUUAUACCUCCACUCCUCCUCUGUCUGAUUCCUUCACCCAAUUCUUGUCUCGUUUCCAUCAAUCCAUUGUCUUUGAUUCCAGAGGUUUGUUUCUAUUUCUUGUUGAUUCCAAUUCGGGUUUCUUCAUUGUGCAUUCUCUUGUUUAUGUCAUGAUUCUUAUUCUUUGCUUAUCAAAGCUCUAUACUUUAUGACCAUGAUUUGAGAGAUUCUCUGAAAAGAUCACACCUUUGCCUCUGAAUUUGAGAAAUUUUAGUUUCUCUGUAUCUGUCUGGUUUAGUUCUUGAAGCCAUUUGUGAUUUAAUGUCUGAAGGUUUUGACUUUAUGAGUUGAGAUUGAAGCCACUCUUGAUUUGCAACAAGAUUUGUCAUUUUCUAUCAUAGCCUUAUUUUAUAGCUUUGGCAUCAUAUCUUAAAUUGAGAAAGACUCUGCCUUGUUGCAGUUCCAAUGAGGACAAGAAAAACAGUAAUGGGUCCUAUAUAUUCUCAUGUGUUUGUCUUCCUUUUGGUCUAGACAAACUGAUAAGUUUCUUUUUGUAGCUGGUUCUUGGUUUAUUUGGAUGUGGUGAUUAUGGAUAUGGAGUCUUGGAAGUUGCUCAGAAGUGUUUGUGUGCUUUCUUUUCUCCUUGGCUCUUGUUUUGUGUAUCAAAGCCUUCGUGUUGUUGAUGCUCAAGAAGAUCCAAAACCAGCCGUGACUUUGCAAGUAGAUGCUUCUAAUGGAGGUGGACGACCCAUUCCUGAAACGCUAUUUGGGAUUUUCUUCGAGGAGAUCAACCAUGCUGGUGCCGGUGGAUUAUGGGCCGAACUUGUUAGCAACAGAGGGUUUGAAGCUGGUGGGCAAAACACACCCUCUAAUAUUUGGCCAUGGUCCAUUGUUGGUGAUCAUUCAUCCAUAUAUGUAGCUACAGACCGUUCAUCAUGUUUUGAACGGAAUAAAAUCGCACUGAGAAUGGAUGUGCUUUGUGAUAGCAAAGGUUGUCCAUCGGGAGGUGUCGGAGUUUAUAACCCUGGUUACUGGGGCAUGAAUAUUGAAGAAGGAAAGAAGUACAAGGUGGCUCUUUAUGUGCGUUCGACUGGUGAUAUCGAUUUGUCUGUGUCGUUGACGAGCUCGAAUGGAUCACGGACUCUUGCUUCUGAAAAGAUCAUAGCUUCUGCUUCUGAUGUUUCGAAAUGGAUUAAAAAAGAGGUUCUUUUGGAGGCAAAAGCGACCGAUCCUAGUGCAAGACUUCAGUUAACAACAACCAAGAAAGGGUCAAUAUGGAUUGACCAAGUCUCGGCCAUGCCAGUGGAUACUCACAAGGGACAUGGUUUUAGAAACGAUCUUUUCCAAAUGAUGGCCGAUAUAAAACCCCGUUUCAUCCGGUUCCCAGGUGGUUGUUUUGUCGAGGGUGAAUGGUUAAGUAAUGCCUUCCGCUGGAAAGAAACCGUAGGACCUUGGGAAGAGAGACCGGGCCAUUUUGGUGAUGUUUGGAAGUAUUGGACCGAUGAUGGCCUUGGCCACUUUGAGUUCUUUCAAAUGGCAGAAGACAUCGGUGCAGCCCCGAUAUGGGUGUUUAACAACGGGAUAAGUCACAAUGAUGAAGUUGAAACUGCCAGUAUCAUGCCCUUUGUUCAAGAAGCACUCGACGGUAUCGAGUUUGCCCGAGGAGAUGCCAAUUCUACUUGGGGAUCUGUUCGAGCUAAAAUGGGACGCCAAGAACCUUUUGAACUUAAAUACGUUGCUAUUGGAAAUGAAGAUUGUGGGAAAACUUACUACAGAGGAAACUACAUUGUGUUCUAUGAUGCUAUCAAGAAAGCCUAUCCAGAUAUCAAAAUCAUCUCCAACUGCGAUGGAUCCUCUCAUCCACUCGACCACCCAGCUGAUUACUAUGACUAUCACAUUUACACUUCUGCUAGCAAUUUGUUUUCCAUGUAUCAUCAAUUUGAUCGCACUUCACGCAAAGGUCCAAAGGCUUUUGUCAGUGAAUAUGCUGUUACUGGAAAAGAUGCUGGUACAGGAAGCCUUCUUGCCUCUCUUGCAGAAGCUGCGUUUCUCAUUGGUCUUGAAAAGAAUAGUGACAUUGUUGAAAUGGCAAGUUAUGCUCCACUCUUUGUGAACACAAAUGAUAGACGGUGGAACCCUGAUGCAAUAGUCUUCAACUCCUCUCAUCUAUAUGGAACACCUAGCUAUUGGGUUCAACGGUUUUUUGCAGAGUCAAGCGGAGCAACUCUUCUCACUUCAACACUCAAGGGAAACUCUACUUCUCUUGUUGCAUCUGCUAUCUCUUGGAAAAACAAUGGCAAAGAUUACAUACGCAUAAAGGCUGUAAACUUCGGAGCUAACUCAGAAAAUAUGCAAGUGUUGGUAACUGGAUUGGACCCGAACGUGAUGAGAGUUUCGGGAUCAAAGAAGACAGUACUUACCUCUACCAAUGUGAUGGAUGAAAAUUCCUUCUCACAGCCAGAGAAGGUUGUACCACAUGAAAGCUUGCUAGAGUUGGCAGAGGAGGAUAUGACCGUUGUUCUCCCGCCACAUUCCUUUUCUUCAUUCGAUUUGUUGAAGGAAUCUGCAAAGAUAAGAAUGCCAAUCUCUGAUUCUUCUUCCCAUCAGAAAACUACCACUGUGUGAAGAGAAACAAUGACAAGGAAGUAUCAACUUUCAUGUCAAAAGUCUCUUUGUGGUUCAAAUCUAAUUACAUUCCAUAAAUGCUUAUAACGUACCCUUGUGUAUAUAUAAUAAUAGUCUGGUGAAUAAAUUUACUUUCUUUAAUCAUGAGCUUAUCUCGACUCUAGAUAUCUUGAUAUGCAAGAAUGAUGAAG